AUGGCGAGAAUCGUCCUCUCCAUCAUUCUCUCGUACGUGUUCAUCACCAUCAUGGCAUGCCCCGCCCACGCCCACGGUACGUCGCCGAUGAAGAAGAAGUUCCCCGCCGUUCUAGUCUUCGGCGAUUCUACUGUCGACACAGGCAACAACAACUAUAUUGAUACAAUGUUGAAGGCUGACCACCCGCCCUAUGGUGUGGAUUACCCUGCUUUUGAGGCCACGGGCCGCUUCUCUGAUGGUCGGCUGAUGCCCGAUAUGCUAGUGUCCGAGCUAGGCAUAAAGGAAUCGUUACCGCCAUUCUUGAAUCCAUUGCUAUCGGAUGAUGAGAUCAAGACCGGUGUUAACUUUGCGUCAGCGGGUUCCGGUAUCGAUGACCUGACCACGGUAGCAACUGGCGUGAUACCGGUGUCGAGGCAGCUUUCGAUGUUUAAGAACUAUAUAACUAGACUUAAGUCAAUCAUAAGUGAUCAAGAGGCUAAUACGACAAUUAGUAAUGCACUAAUCUUGAUUAGUGCAGGGACUAAUGACUUUAUAUUCAACUGGUAUGAUAUUCCUUCAAGGAGGUGGCAGUUCCACAACAUUAGUGGGUACCAAGAUUUUCUACUGCAAAAGCUACGUAAUCAGCUCGAGCAAUUAUACCAUCUCGGCGGUAGAAAGUUCAUCGUGCCAGGCCUUGCGCCGAUCGGCUGCAUCCCAUUUCAAAUAACUACAAAAUUCAAGAACCCAUUGCAACGGGUGUGCAUUGAAGAACAAAACUUGGAUGCUACCAUCUACAAUGCAAAGCUCAAGAAUCUGUUGCCUGAAAUCCAGUCUUGGCUGCCUGGAAGCAGAUUCGUCUAUGCUGGUGUCUAUGAUCCAGUUGCUGACAUGGUCAAUCACCCUGAAAAAUAUGAUGCUUCUUUUUCUGAGUCUUUAUAUGGAUUGCGAAGGAGGGCAGUGAAUGGACUUUUCCUUUUCUGUUGA